AUGCCAGAAACCAUCAAGCCUGUCAAAAUCCCCGGGAUUGCGUGGGAUAUUGCCGCCGACAUACAUUUCCCCCCCACCUUCAACGAGAAGAGCAAAUAUCCCGCCGUGCUAUCCGCCCAUCCAAUCGGCUCAUGCAAAGAACAGACCUCAGGAAACAUAUACGGCAAGGCGAUGGCCGAGGCCGGCUUCGUGGUUGUCGCGUUUGACGCCUCGUUCCAGGGUGCCUCAGGCGGCCUACCCCGGUUCGUGGAGAACCCCGAGCUGCGCGUCUCCGACUUCCGCUACGUGGUCGAUUACAUUCAGACGCUCCCGUAUGUUGACCCCGAGCGCAUCGGUGUGCUGGGUAUCUGCGGAGGUGGUGGCUAUGCCUUCAACGCGACCAUGACCGACUACCGUCUCAAAUGCUGUAUCGGAAUCACGCCCGCAAACUUCGGUCGGCUGGUGCGGGAAUCCUUCGGCGGCUUUGAUCCUGUUGGCUCCCUUGAAAAAAUGGCCAAACAGCGCACACUCGAAGCCCAGGGCGGUGAUCGUUACAUCCUCCCCUUCCUCCCUCCGACAGUCGAGGAGGCGAAGAAGAUGACCUCGGAUCCGGAUCUUAUCGAGGCUACCGAGUACUACAAGACCGACCGUGGUCAAAAGCCUUGUGGUGCCACCAGCGCCCUUUUCUCGUUUAAUAGCGCCGCGCUUACGUGGGAUGCGUUCAACUAUGCGGAAGUCAUCAUGACUCGUCCCUUCAUUGCUGUUAUUGGUGGCAUUCCUGGUGGGUUUGGCGCGUACCGGGAUGGUCACGAAAUUCAUGCUCGCGCUGCGUCUAAGGAGAAAGAGCUUCUAGUGCUUCCUGGCGUCUCGCACUAUCAGCUUUACGAUGAGCCAAAGGCUGUGAAGGCUGCGCUUGAUAAGGUUCUGCCGUUUUUGAAGAAACAUCUUGGCGAAGCUGAAUAG